GUUUGUGCUGUCUUGCCAACUCCUAUGGUCACUGUCACGCUAAACAAUGACCAUAGAAGUCGGCAAGGCAGCACAAUAACAGUUUUGGGAACAGGCUACCUCAUUCACUACCAUUGAAAUCAGGAAAGGCAAAAUGCACAGGACAAAAGUGCACUUAAUAUGUUAAGGUUAGCAGGUUGUAUGACUUGGUGGCUGUGCCAGCUAGUGACCACUCUGCAGAGCUGCCUCCAGAACAAGACUCGGGACAAAUAACGCUCAUCUUCCUGCAUCUUGUAGAGGCCUCCUGCGUUGCCAGGACAACCAGAAGGGGCUGACCCCGUCCACGUGACAGAGCUCCUCUCUUCUCCUGCCUCCGGGUGUAGUAGUGUGUGUUGUCUGCUGCCACUGUGACAGAUUUUGGGGAAAGAGAAAGUGGUCUGCUCUGGUCUUGCCACCAGACAGUGGUCGUCUGGACCGAGAGAGCAGUCGGGCGUUGAGAGAUGGAGCUCUCUGCGGUCGGGGAACGCGUUUUCGCCGCGGAAGCCAUUCUGAAACGCCGCGUUCGCAAGUCUCGCCUAGAAUACCUAGUGAAAUGGAAAGGAUGGGCACUGAAACACAGUACCUGGGAACCAGAAGAGAAUAUCCUGGAUGACAGACUGAUCGCAGGAUUUGAACAGAAAGAGCGUGAGAGAGAACUCCACGGACCAAAGAAGCGGGGGCCCAAACCCAAAAACCUUCCUGCCAAGGCACGUGGAGCCCAGAAGAGGGAGACCUCCACCCCUCGAGCUCCUCGCUCCACUUCUUCCUCUUCUCCUCGAGCCCCUCCAUCCUCCUUCCCCUCCGCCUCUCCAGCGCCCUCCCCUAAACUCAACUCCCUGGCAGCGACACACAAGCUGAAGAAAGACAUUCGCCGCUGCACUAGUAUGUCCCGCCGCCCCUUACCUCGCCCCGACCCCCUGGCCUCUCCCGGAUCCUUCUCCGGCUCCAGUGGGUUCCCCUCGCGGCCCCCCGUCUCCCCCUUCUCAGAGACCGUCCGCAUCCUCAAUCGUCGCGUCAAACCACGCGAGGUCAAACGGGGUCGCAUCAUCCUAAACCUCAAGGUCAUCGACAAACCGGGAAGUGGAGGCGGAGGAAGGGGCGGCGGGGGUAACCGGAGGGCGCCAUCCGGCUCCAUGUCCCUCCAAGGGGGUCGUCAGAACAUCCCCUCCCGAAAUAGGAUCAUAGGGAAGAGGAGUGGAGAGGCUCCGUACCGGCCCUUCCAGCCCAUGCUGGGGUUCCCCAUGUACGGGAAGCCGUUUGGUCUCCAGUGUGGCGGCCCAGGACCUCUACACCUUCCACACUCAGCUACAGGCUCCAGCACAGGGACCUCAGGGGAUAGGGACACCCAGCCAACCCCCUCUCCCUCCAGCUCCAAUGGAUCCACCACACCCGCCCAGAACCAUCCUACCCCUCCUGGACCCGCCACUGGGGCCUCUGCCUCUGGGUCGGCUCCCAACUUGAGCACCCAGGCUUCGGCCUCCUCUGCCCAGUCUACCCCUAACCACCCCCCAGAGCUCCAGAAGAACCAGAACGCCGAACAAGGACCAAACCCCCUCCUCCCCUCCCUCUCCUUUGCUUCCGGAUCCUCCUCUUCCUCCUUUGAUGAAGAGGAGGAUGAUGCUGAUGCUCUGGACCUUUCUGCACCUCAGGAGGGGAAGAGGAAGCUUCGCCGUCGGCGCCGGCAGAAACGCCAGCCGCCCUCCGUCAGUACCGCUUCCCCUCCUCACCCCGCUGCCGCCAGCUCCUGCCCCUUGACCUCCAACCCUCAGAGGGUCCCCGCCGAGGGCGACCCCGACUGGCACCCGGAGAAGGUGGUGAGCAGCGCCAACGUGGUCGUGACCGACGUCACCACCAACCUCCUCACAGUCACUAUCAAAGAGUUCCCCUCCCCCUCAUCCCGCCCCUCCUCCCCCCAACCAAUACACCCAGAAAAUACCACCUCCUCCUCACCCCAACUGAAGAACCCCCCACAACCCAAGCCAUCUAUCGAUCGCUUUAGCCCAUCUCGCCGCGCUGCCGCUAUGAAGUUCGUUGUAGUCUUGGUCGGUGCUGGUUCCGUGGUCUUCCUCGGCGCGGUCAUCUGCAUCAUCGCCAGUGUUUACCCGCGGAAAGCUGCCGCGCCACAGGACCUGUCCGACAACGCGACUCUGUCUGCUGAGCCCUUGUUUUCCCUGGGCUCGGUGGCUCACGCCGGUCCAUUGGGCGCUCUCCAUGGUGCUGAAUCAUACGAGGGCGGCGGAGGAGGCGGCUUGGGGCUGGGGGGUCCCACCACUCUCAACGAGCUCAGCCCCGGGGAGGUGACCGGUGGUGGUGGAGAGGCGCCGAAACAGUUCAGUUUCAGCCGGCUCAUCUGCACUCCGAUUCCCGCCGGAGAAUGCAAUGCCAAGAGCAUGAAGCAGCAGGCGGACGACCCUUCACUCUAUGUGGAUGAAGACUGGAGCUACCUCCGGACCACCGCGGACGACCUCCGGCAGACGGUGGUGCAGCAGAACGGCCAGAUACUCAUAGAUCAGCGGACCAUCCGUGAGCUGUCGGGGAAACUAUCGGAGUGCGAGACCGGCCUGGAGGACGGAAGUCCCGGGCACUCCGAGAGGAGCCUGGGGGCCUGGGCGGGCAACCGCCGACUCAUGGCCGGGGAUGAUGUGAGCUCAUCGGCCGCUGUGCAGCUGCAGACCGCUAGAGCCGUGGAGGAGCUAGAGAGGGCCAUUCUCAACCUGAAAGACCGCAUCGAGAAACUGGAGUUGGAGAUCGGCCCUGCUGCCCUGAACCUCUCCGUUGAGACUCCAUCCCCCAGCGCCGGUGUGGGCGUCAGCAGUGGCAUCGCUACUAAAGUUCAAGGGUCACCGUCAUCAGCAUCAACGACAGGAGGCGGUAGUGUCUCCUCGGGGGGCCGAAAGGCCCCUGGGGGCCCUGGCAGAGGAGGCGGAGGCCCCUGGAAGGACCUGGAAGGAGAGCUGGAGAGGAAGAUUGAGAUGCUGGAGAAAGAGCGGAAGGCGCUGAGGAAGGAGACACAGACACAUCACAAACAGAUAGACCAAGGGAUUGAUACUCUACACCACCGCAUUGCAGAGCUGGAACAGAGUCUGACAGAGUACAACUAUCCAGACGGCUAUGUCCUCUCCUUCCCUGUGAGGACCAGAUACAUGUACGGCCUGGUGCGGAGAGAAAUGCCUGAGAUGUAUGCCUUCACCGCCUGCGUCUGGCUCAAGGUGAAAGAGGGGGGUAUCGGCACCCCCUUCUCCUACUCCGUCCCGGGACAACCCAACGAGCUGGUGCUGCUGCAGGGGAUACACAACCCUGUAGAGCUUCUUAUCAACGACAAGGUAGCUCAGCUGCCCCUGUCCCUUGCCCAGGGUGUGUGGGAGCACAUAUGUUUGAGCUGGACCCUCAGAGACGGGGUAUGGAAGGCCUACCAGGGGGGGAAGCUGAAGGGGCGCGGAGAGGGGCUGGCCGCAUGGCACCCCAUCAAGCCAGGAGGAGUGCUCAUUCUGGGGCAGGAGCAGGACACGCUGGGCGGUCGUUUCGACGCCUCCCAGGCCCUGGUUGGGGAGCUCUCCCAGUUCAACCUGUGGGACAGGGUCCUGAAGCCGGCUGAGGUAUCCGCUCUCGCUGCCUGUUCCUUGGGCACACUGGGCAAUGUGGCCCCCUGGACAGACCAGGACGUGGAGGUCUACGGAGGGGCCACCAAGGAGGCUGUAGACCCCUGCAACCAGCCACCCCGGGCCAGCCCCAGCUCUAGCCCUAAACAAUCAACCUGUUGCGACUCACAAAACCUCUCACAAAGAUGCCAUUGUAACGGCCCAGCACAACGCAUUGCCAGAGAGAUAGCUGUUGCGAGUCACAUGGAUCAUGUAAAUUAAGACGUCAGUUGAUUUCUUAGAUUCAUAACAUCCAUCUGGUUGACUUAAAGAGGCAAUCUGUUGAGUGAUUCCUACAUCCACUGUGGCAGGGUGUCCGCUUUGUUGUUGUUUCAACUGCAGAUUCGCCCUUUACAGUGAUUUGUGACCUGUCUCAGUGGUUUUUUAAAUGUAAAGCUGAUGGAAUGGAAUGUAUAUCUGUAUGCAUGAGAAAAGCUUUUUCAAAAUUAGAGGUCAGAGGUCAGAUUUCUAAAUAGUCCUGUUUCCAAGACAGCAACAACACAAAAACGUACAACAAUAUUAACUAUUGAAUGGUGCGCUUCACCCCACAAUGGCCAAAAUGAAUACGCACCUCAAAGAAUGUGUAUUUAGCUUGAUCUUACCUUCACAGAAUUGCUUAAUAAGUGGGUACAGAAGGGACAUUGGGACACUGAUGUUGAGUUGGGGGGUGUAGUGAAGAAAAGUGUACCCGGAUUAUUGGGUGUCCUUCCCCCCACUUCACCAUUGACAUAUGGUUGUAAAGUGCCUGUCUGGGUAUUACACGCCCAAUGCAAAUGUCAAAUGUAUUUUAUUCUCUCUCUCUCUCUCUCUCUCUCUCUCUCUCUCUCUCUCUCUCUCUCUCUCUCUUUCUCUUUCUCUCUCUCUCUCUCUCUCUCUCUCUCUCUCUCUCUCUCUCUCUUUCUCUCUCUCUCUCUCUCUCUCUCUCUCUCUCUCUCUCUCUCUCUCUCUCUCUCUCUCUCUCUCUCUCUCUCUCUCUCUCUCUCU